UCUAUAUUUGCUUCCUCACUCUGGCCUUCCUGCAUUCAGAAACUCUAUAAUGGAACUCCAGUCCAUGAGCCUAUGGCCAUUCUGGUUGUUUCUCCUUCUCUCUUCCAUGCACGUUCUAUGCUUCUUCGGAUCUGCUGCCAACUUCUCCAACGAAACAGAUUAUCUUGCUUUGCUACACUUCAAACAUCUGAUAACCGAAGACCCUCUCAAUUCCUUGAGCUCAUGGAAUCAUACUCUCCACUUCUGUCACUGGCAAGGAGUCACAUGCGGUGGUCGCCUCCAUCCUCAAAGGGUCACCGCCUUGAACCUCACUGGCCAGAAAUUGGUGGGACCCAUAUCUCCCUUCAUAGGGAACCUUACCUUCCUCAGGAGAAUCGAACUCGCGAACAACAGCUUCAACGGGCGGAUUCCUGAAGAGAUGGGUCAGUUGCUCCGCUUGCGGUUUCUCGGUCUGGACGAUAACAAAUUCACCGGAGAAAUUCCAGCAAAUCUGACCCGCUGUUCUGAACUCCAGCUCCUUUAUCUUGCUCGAAAUCAGCUGGUAGGGAGGAUUCCAACUGAUCUUGGCUCUCUAUCAAAGCUCACCGUAUUGGCCCUUGGUAUAAACAAUCUCACAGGAAGCAUCCCACCUUCACUUGGAAACCUUUCGUCUCUCACGCUCCUUUAUCUCUCAAGAAACCGUCUGGAGGGCAACAUCCCAGACGAUCUCAGUCGGUUGGUGAGGUUAAACAUUCUUGGUAUUCGUGAAAAUGAACUUUCAGGUACGAUUCCGCCCCGGCUAUUCAAUCUCUCCUCAGUUAUCAUUUUCGACGUGGGAUUGAACAGAUUGCAUGGAACUCUUCCACCUAACUUAGGCCUCACUCUUCCUAAUCUCCAACAGCUUCUUUUCGGAGUAAACCAAUUCACAGGACCCAUACCAGUUUCAUUAUCCAAUGCUUCUGGACUUGCACUUGUUAACCUUAAUAACAAUAGUUUUAGCGGAUCUGUGCCUCGGGAUUUUGGAAACCUCAAGAAUCUCUCUAGGUUACGUUUGUGGGGAAAUGAACUUGGAAUUGGAAAAGGUAGUGACUUGGGUUUUCUUGAUUCUUUGAUCAAUUGCAGUAGUUUACAACUACUGGAUGUAGGCAUUAAUAAUCUCAGUGGUUUGUUGCCCAACUCCAUAGGGAAUCUUUCAACCCAGCUGAAUGAACUAUCGUUAGACAAUAACAUGAUAUUCGGAAGCAUCCCAUCUGGUAUUCAGAAUCUCAUUGGCUUAACAGUAGUCAAUUUGGGGUAUAACUUUCUAACAGGUAGAAUUCCCAUUGGUGUUGGAAUGCUUAACAAGGUGGAGCAACUUUACUUGAGCAGUAAUGAAUUAUCAGGGCAAAUUCCAUCUUCCUUGGGCAACAUCUCUCAAUUAUACCGACUCGGUUUAUCUAGAAACAAUCUAAUGGGGAGCAUACCUUCAAGUCUUGGAAAUUGUAAAAACUUGCAGUUUCUCUACCUCGAAAAUAAUAACUUUAGUGGUACCUUACCCAGACAACUUUUCAGCAUUCCUUCUUUGAUAGAAUUCCAUGUUCAGAAUAACUCUUUUAACGGUUUUCUACCACAAGAAGCUGGUUACUUCAAUGCUCUUGGAAGCUUCAUUGUUUCUAAUAAUAAAUUGUCGGGUGAAUUUCCAAGCUGGCUAGGCAAUUGUCUCAGCCUAGAGUAUCUCCUGUUCGAUGGGAACUUCUUUGGCGGAUCAAUUCCUCCAACAUUUGGUACUCUAAGAGGCCUUCAAAUCCUGGAUCUUUCACGCAACAACAUGUCUGGGGAGAUUCCAAAAUAUUUGGAGAAGCUUGCUCUACGGUCUUUAAAUCUAUCUUUCAAUAAUUUCGAGGGCGAAUUACCAAAACAAGGGGUUUUUGGAAAUGCUAGUGAAAUUUCUGUGCUCGGAAAUAGGAAGCUUUGUGGAGGUAUUCAAGAAUUACAAUUGCCUCCAUGCUCUAGCAAAGCUUCCAAGAAACGGAGGAACUCUCUUGCUUCAAAAGUCAAAUUCUCAGUAAUUGGUGUUGUCCUGGUUCUUAUUUCAUUAUCAUGUUUCUUUACCACUCUUUAUUGGGUAAGAAAGUGCCGAAGAAAACCUUUCACUGCACCUUCUACAGAGGAUCCUUCUAUGCACGUGUCUUAUGCGGAGCUCUUUAAAGCAACAGAUGGGUUCUCUUCUGACAAUUUGGUGGGCACUGGAAGUUUUGGUGCUGUAUAUAAAGGGCUUCUGGAUCGUGAUGCAACAAUGGUAGCAGUAAAAGUCUUCAACCUUCAACGACAAGGAGCUCUGCGGAGCUUCAUGGCCGAAUGUGAUGCCUUGAGAAACAUUAGGCAUCGGAAUCUUGUUAAGAUCUUGACUUGUUGCUCGAGCAUUGAUUUUAAGGGCAAUGAUUUUAAAGCUCUAGUUUAUGAGUACAUGCCCAAUGGAAGUCUAGACGAGUGGUUGCACAGUGAUGAUGAUGACCAGCUGAGAAAGAACUUGAAGUUUACUCAAAGGCUAAACAUAGCUGUAGAUGUGGCUUCUGCACUGGAUUAUCUACACAAUGAUUGCCAAACAUCAAUCAUUCACCGAGAUCUAAAGCCGAGCAACAUUCUUCUUGAUGAUAACAUGAUUGCUCAAGUGGGUGAUUUCGGCCUAGCCAGAUUCUUAUCUGAAGUUGCUAAUACUAGCUCAAUUGGGAUGAACGGAUCUAUUGGGUACAUCGCUCCAGAGUAUGCGAUGGCUAGUAAAGCAUCUACACAAGGAGAUGUCUAUAGCUAUGGAAUCCUUUUAUUGGAGAUGAUCACUGGAAAGAGGCCAACUGAUGACAUGUUUAAGGACAAUCUAAGCCUUCAUCAUUUCGCUAAGUUGGCUUUGCCUAAUCAAGUAAUGGAGAUUGUUGAUCCACGACUGCUCGUAGAAGAAGCUGAAGUUACUCAAGGCAACAAAAAUCAUAUCAAUAUAAGAAAUAGAAUGCAAGACUGCUUGAUUUCACUGGUCAAAAUUGGUGUGUUAUGCUCCGAGGAAUCUCCAAGAGAACGAAUGCAGAUGAGAGAUGUUGUUGCAGAAAUGCAUAUAGUCAAGGACAUGUAUCUCAAGGUCAAGAUUCACUAAGACGGAUAGGUUACAUUGCAAAUGUUAGAUAAAGGUUUGUCUUUUCUCAAUAAUUAUUAAGUUAUUAUUGGUAGCUAUGUUAAGAAAUAUUUCAAAAUAAGAUGAGCUCGUUGAAUACUUUUUAAGCAAGCUCUUUAUAUGUUUAGUCUUGGCUUAAGAGUGUGCUUGUAUUGAUAUUGAAUAUUUGGAAAGAUGUGUUUUCCUUUUCUUUGUUU